AUGCACUUUUCUUUCUGCCACGUAUUGGCCGAGUGCUGCUUCUUUUUGACCAAGCAAAGGCCCCACAGACCCCACAUCCAGUUGCGCGUUGCCAGGAUCGUUUUCACAGUCAUUGCAAUUGCCGCGGGUGAGCGCACAGAGCAGCCUCGCCCGGGCAAGUCAGUGCUCUUGCUACAAAGAAGCACUGCGUGGAGAGCGACCUUUGGCUGGUCCGGGCCAGCAAGGAGUGCGCAGGAUAAUCAAAGUACAAAUCUUGCCUGGCCCCAGGGAUGCAUUGGAAAACCUUGCCAUGCUAGCGGACCCAAGCGUGUCCUCCCUGAGUCGCACGUGAACAGACCCGCGCUUGUGGAGUCACACCAACAAGUCAAUGCAUCACAACCCAUCGGCGAACCGUUCAAUGCGGUGGAUGAAAUGGACACCGAUUACAGUGAUGAAGAGGAAGAGACACAAUGGAGCAAGCUUUUGCCAUUAGAACUUCAUUUAGUGGGCGUCACGAUCACAAAGCUUCUGGACCAUUAUGCGGAAGACGCCAUUGCCAGCACUCCUGGCUUGGUCGGAACUUCCAGCGUGAGAUCUCUAGCAGCUUUAUUGCUCAUCUUCAAGAAAGAGCUGUCCAAGGCUUGCAAAGUAGAUGAGAAGAAAAUUCUAAUGAAUGCCAUUUUUGGGCGUUUCCUACGGGAGAGCGUGUUGAAGUCCACUAGCGGCAUUUAUCCCAUCGACGCAGGGCGGGCGAGUUUGGUGAGCAGCGUAGUGCCCUUCAGUGAACGCUUGGGUGAAGAGGUUGUCGUUCGCUUCUUCGUACAUCCUCGAAGAGACGGCGAUGAUUUUGCCUCCUUAGUGACCACUUUGCAAGAUGCGCUUGGCAACAGCAAUAGCUCGCUAAUGCAGGGGAACCUUUCAGCCGUUCUGAAGCAUGCCUCUUUGACCACCGGCUACCAGGAUGUCUCCGGCUUCACGACCAUUCCUAUGGAGAAACUCUCAAAUUUGGCGCUUCCCUUCGCAAUCUCAGCUUUGUUCACUGGAAUUCUUAUAUGGCUUGCUGGAUAG